GAUCAGCCGAAGUUCAUUGAUCCUCAGUUCAUUAGAUUGUAUGACUAUCAAAUUAAAAAGUUGACAGUCAGCACCAAAUCGGUGUUGUGAUUUUCUUCAGUAAUGAAUUGGGUUGGAGGGGCAAGGAAAAGGGUGAAAUUGCAAGGAGAAAAAAGACUCCAGAAGGAAUUCUUUGAAAGGAAAAGACUUCAACCAAAACCACGGAAUCAGUUUCGAGGAUCAUCUGCUGUGAAGAAUGGUGCAGUUAGUCGUGAUCUCCUGGCUCUGCAAACAGUUAGCAGGAUACAAUAUUCAGAUCAAGGUCAUAAUCUUUCUAAACCUGUGAGAAAAUUAGAUUUAGAUAAGUUCAAGUCAACUGUCUGUGGUCGAAAACACAAUGAAGUUGAACUUCCACCAUCUCCAAAUGAAAUACCAUCAAUGAUUAGCCUGUUUGAACAAGGAUGUUCAUCAAACACAACUGGAACCUACAAAAGAUUACCAUCUUCCUCUUCCAAAGCAAGUUCCUUCUGUCCAAGGAUCACAUCAGGUUCAGAAGUUGACAGCAGUUCCUCUUCUUCUGGGAAAUGA